AUGUCACUGGCAAAGAGAAACGACGGGUGUCUCGAGUGCCGCACGCGCCGAGUGCGUUGCGACAAGACGGAGCCGGAGUGCUUCAAGUGCUGCAAAAAGGGCAUCAAGUGCUCCGGCCAGGGCAUUGAGUGUCGCUUCAGCUCGCACAUGAAGAAUGGCCUCCCGCCACGGCCCUCACAGGCAACAGCCGCAACCCGUGCUGCGGGAGGCGUCGCCAAAGCUGGUCAACGGGCGCCAAAUCGCUAUCGAUGGGUCACCGUAACCACCAAACAAUCAGGUUCCUUGCCCGGGGGAGCAAAGGCAUAUUCUUCCCGCUCUAGUUCCGCCAGUCCUACAAAGGCUCCGCCUGAGCAGCCGAGCAUUGGACCUUCUCGCGUAGAUUUACCGGCAACUGAAACAGACUCAUCAUCUGAGGUCGUCGACAACGAUGUGGAAUUCGUUCCAAGAGAGGUCCAGGCUGCUCGCCCGCAACGCGCAAUUCAGACUGUGUCUCCCCAAGCGAGGCUCUUCUUCAACCACUUCUCAGAAUUCAUUGCGCCGAAAAUGGUAGUCUUCGACUUCCAUGGCAAUGGUUAUCGCGACAUCCUACUUCCUCUCGCAUGUGAAGACGAGCUCGUCGGACAGGCCAUCUCCGUUAUCGCUGCCUUCCACCUCUCACAGAGGGCGCCGCAGAUGCGGAUGGCCGCAGAAGUAGGCCAGCACGCCAUCUUGUCGAAGCUGUUUCACGAUUCACUCCAGCUAGAGCCCAGGAGACUGUUUAGCCUAUCAACAUGGGCGACAAUCCUUGUGCUGCUCGUGGGAGAGACAAUCACGGGCGCCAACAACUACGUGCACCUGCUCGAGAUUUUGUCUAAUCUAGCACAGUCAUCCGACUCUGUGCAAUCUCUGUCACCAACUACAAGAGGAUUCAUCAAAGAGCAAACACGAAUGUUCGAGCUCUUUGGAUUCCCGCUCUCCAGUGAAACCAAAGGCAUACAAACACUGUCGAAACAACCCGACUAUUAUCUUGACUUCAUGUCGUCGUAUCCAUCUCUCAGUCAAGACCCUCAGCAAUACGCAAAUGUCGCCGUGAUGAAGGAAGCCAUCAAACAGGCCUGCGAUUUAUACCGUAACCGCGCCAUGCACUUGAUAUCCCGAGAGGAGUCUAUCCAGUCGGUGGAACGGCUUAAAGAGACGGUUUACGAUCUGGAUCCAAGCGUCGACGGUUGUCACGCUCUGGUCUGGACGUAUUUCGUGGCGGCUGCUGAAAGCAUCUUGCCCGAGCACCGAGCUUUCUUCUCAACUCGAUUGCAGAGCCUCUAUAACUGCACGGAGUUUGGCACCAUUCCUAUUGCUGUCCAGAGCCUUCAGCACAUAUGGGCAAAUCAGGACUCUCAGAGAUGGACAGAAGUGGUCACUCGGCAACGGCCAAUCCUCAUUAUGUAA